AUGGAAUUAGCAAAGCUCUACAACUUAUCUCUAUUAAUAUUAGGGGUCCUCACCGUCUUAUCAGCUUCUGGUGUGAUCUUUUUGUCGAUCUUUGGGCCGAUUGGGAAGAUGCCCAACACACAAAAAUUGAACAAUUCUGACUUAAAAUUUUAUAGUAAAACGGUGUAUAUGCUCGAAACUAUAUCUCUAUGUGUUUUAUUUAUCAUAGCUGGGGGGAUGAUGAUUGCUUGUUCCUUCAUUCAAAAGGAUUGGAUGUGUCUUCUCUCUUAUAUGGUCAUAGGUUUAGGGAUCACUUGUGCCUUUGCGCUUGGGACGUACUACGCGAUCACUUAUUCGUCGUUUGUGAACACUAAAGAUAACACCUUAAAAACACUGUCCCAUUGGGAAGACAUGUUCGACUGCUGUGGGUGGGUGACGAAACGACCAAUGCCUCCUUGUGCUUCAUCGAUCGGAGCACUACUGG